CAGGCUAGCUGAUACUUGUCUAUCUUAAACCUCUGGGGACGUUUGGGGGGAAGCCAAAUAUGAGGUGGAUGUAGUGGCUUUGUGGCUGUGCCUUUGACAUCACAAUGCUAUGGAAUGAUAAUAGAAGCUACUAUGUACUGUACUCCACAUCUGCCUUUGUGCUUCAGCAGUUGAAUUGAGGCAGCCCUGGAAGCCUGUAAACAUGGCCAGCAUCUCCUUGUGUUGAUGAUAUAGGUUUGCCUCACCUUCCUCUCCAUUGUCUCUCCCAUCUGUCAUGUAAAGGAAGAUGGGAAGAAGCAUAUAUCAAGGUCAUCUUACCAUUGUCACUUCACUGCUGCUGCAUCUUUCAUUGAGACCUACAGCAUAUGCCAAUCAGUCUUCUCAGCCCAGAGCAGCUGGAGGUCACAUUUAUAGGAUCUGAUGAGCACUAAAAAGGUGUGGAGAGAAAGGUUCAGGACAUGUGGGGGGGAGGGCAGGAGGACAGAUCAGUUUGGGUGGAAAGAAUGUGGACUUCUUUAGUUUAAACCCAUGAUUGAAUUAUGCAGGUUGUCUCAUACAAGUGCCUUUGUGAGUUCAGCGUAUGUAUUAAAACUAUCCAAUGCCAGUGAAAUCUUUUAUUGCACUACAGCAACCUAUAAUGUUCUCACAGUAUGUAGGAAACUGCUUAUGAAGGAAGCUACUUAUACCACACUUUGCACAACUGAGCGAGGAGAUUGUACUGGAGAUUGCAGAACCUUGUUGUCUGGCUCUACAUUUUCUCACACAUUUUGACAUUAAUGAUGUAUAUAUGUGUAGAGAUGGGCUUUUGUAUAUACAGUGUCAGGGCUGGGAUGGUGUGAGUGCUAAGGUGAACAGUUGACAGCCUAGAGGUCCCAAACUCGAGGUCAUAGCAGAAGCACUCACGGCAUGGCCUGUCAGAUUCCAACGAAUCUGCAAAUUCUGCUAAAUACCUUGUCACAAGGACGUGGAAAAGGAAAGGCUAGAAAACAGCAAAGGGAGAAAAGGGAUUGGAUUCUAACUCAGGCCUGUCAUACACCCAUGACAGGGCCACGUGCAACCCUCAAAAGGUUAAGUUGUGUCCUCCAGGCUCUCAAAUACUGUCCCCCCCUUGCUCCAGCUGCAAUUGCAGAGAGGACAUUUACACAUUGCAAUGGGGUGGGGAGGGAGGCACAGUUUGCACCUGUAUGAUGCACUAGUGGGGGCGUGCAAAACAGUGGGGAAGAGUGCCUGUGCAGCAUGUAGCCCAUGGCUUACCUGGAAUGGUCUGCAUGGGGUGCAGCCCCUGGAGCAUGUGACCUCUGCAGGCUUGUAAGUUGGACAACCCUGUUCCAAAUCAUUAACAGAAUUUAGAGCUAAAAAUUGCAAAUAAAUAUAUUUUACAAGUGAAGUGAAAAGCAUUUUCCCAGCUAAGGUCAGCAUGCAGAAAUGCACCUAUUUCUGCAGUUGGUGUUAGCAUUUUGACCUGAAGCAGAGCUGACAGAGCAGAUCUCAUAUUGUUUUAGGGGCCAAUGGUGGCAACAGUUGUAAGCAGGAGCCUUGCCAAUCUAUUAAAAUCAAGUCAUGGCAGGUAACCAAAUGAGGUAAUUCUUUGAAUGUACUUUUUAAUAUUUAUAGCUGUAUAGUUCUCCGUUAGUGAUUGCAGAUCGUGAGCAGCUUUAAAUUUAUUUUAAGUAGCUCCUUGACUUUUUAGCAACAAAUGUGAUACUUGGCUAGAUGUACACAGGAGCUGUUUAUCAGGCAACCGUUGAUCCUCUGGAUCAUGGUGUACACGUAAGAGGUCUAGUUAGAUGCCUGCUGAAUCUGUUUGUGGCUGACAAGCCCAAUUUGAGAGUGACACAGCUUGUUACAAGUUUCACAGAUCCAUGUGUUGUCUAAGUUGGUGUACAAAUUUAGAGUGUGCUGAUUUCUUAUUUUUCGCUUUGCUUCCAUCCUCUGGAUCAAAGCUGUUUCAUGUUGAGCUGAACCCAGUGGCAAAUGUUCUCUCCAGACUGGACAAGAUUCUGCAUGCUCCUCCCAGCUUUCUAGGUUGAUGUUGAACAACUUCAUAUCAUUUUUGUACACAUUAUAGUAUUGCCAUAGAGGGUGACCCCACUUUCUAGAGCUGUCUUGAAUCUCACUCUACAAAAUAUUCUUGGGGAUAUGAUCUCCCAUUCUCCUGACACAGCUGAUCCAUCGCAAGCUUUUCUUCUUGAUAGUGGUUCCUAAGUGAGUCAGUCCUGCAUGCUCCAGUACAUCUGUGUUUGGUGUUCUGUCUUCUCACUUUAUUUUCAGGAUCUACACAUGGGAACUACACAGCAUUUCCAUCACUCAAACACAGCAUUCCUUUCUGCUGCUCUGCUUUAUGAUAGCUUUGGAGCAGUUGAUAGAGAAUAAAGCAGCAAAAGGGUUAAAGUGUUUCAUGUCAGUGUGAACAAGAAAGAGUUUCUAGUGUUUUACCUUUGUUUAUUUUUUGAACUUUCUCUUGCAUUUAUUUAUCCCAGGCUAUCAAAGGCAACCUUUGAUUUCAAGAAAAAAUUUUGGGGGGUUUUUUUGGAACAGAUUCAGGAGAGUUGACAAUUUCAUUUAAGAGCUAGCCGUGAGGUGGUUGGAACACAAUUGCCGCUAUCAGUACAUGGAUGAACUUCUCCAGUACAUCCGCUUUGGCCUUAUGGAUGUGGAUACACUGCAUGCUGUCGCUCUUUCUCAUCCACACGUGCAAGCUAGUGAAACUGCAACGGCUCUUAUUAACGAGGCUCUGGCAUACCACCAGAGCAUCUAUGCACAGCCAGUUUGGCAGACUAGAAGGACAAAACCUCGCUUCCAGUCAGACACCCUGUACAUUAUUGGUGGCAAAAAACGUGAGAUCUGUAAAGUAAAAGAACUCCGGUACUUCAAUCCAGUCGAUCAGGAGAAUGUUCAUAUAGCAGGGAUUGCAAACUGGAGUGAACUGGCUCCCAUGCCGGUUGGGAGGAGUCACCACUGUGUAGCUGUCAUGGGGGACUUCCUAUUUGUAGCUGGUGGAGAGGUUGAGCAUGCCACAGGACGUACUUGUGCGGUAAGGACUGCCUGUCGCUAUGAUCCCCGUAGUAACUCUUGGGCUGAAAUAGCUUCAAUGAAGAACUGCCGGGAACAUUUUGUAUUGGGCACUGUGGAUGAGUACCUUUUUGCCGUAGGGGGCAGAAAUGAACUGCGCCAAGUUUUGCCUACGGUCGAGCGAUAUUGUCCCAAGAAGAACAAGUGGACCUUUGUACAGUCCUUUGACCGAUCCCUUUCAUGUCAUGCAGGAUGUGUGGUGGACGGUCUUCUUUGGAUAUCAGGAGGAGUAACAAACACUGCGCAAUACCAAAGCAGGCUAAUGGUGUAUGAUCCAAUGCAGAAUAAGUGGCUGAGCCGCAGCCCCAUGUUGCAGAGGAGAGUGUACCACUCCAUGGCUGCUGUCCAAAGGAAGCUUUAUGUUUUAGGUGGGAAUGAUCUGGACUAUAAUAACGAUCGAAUUCUCGUACGUCACAUAGACUCUUACAACAUUGACACCGACCAAUGGACGCGCUGCAGCUUCAACAUGCUGACAGGUCAAAACGAAUCUGGAGUUGCAGUCCACAAUGGAAGAAUAUAUUUAGUUGGUGGCUAUUCGAUUUGGACAAAUGAGCCUUUGGCAUGUAUCCAGGUGCUGGAUAUUAGCAAGGAAGGAAAAGAAGAAGUAUUCUAUGGGCCUACACUUCCUUUUGCUUCCAACGGGAUAGCAGCAUGCUUCCUUCCAGCUCCUUACUUCACAUGCCCCAACCUCCAAACUUUGCAAGUGCCUCACCACAGGAUUGGCACUAUAUGAGGAAAGGAAUACAAAGUUCAUAAGAGGAGAAGUGGGGAAAACAGUACUUUUUGAUCAAGCAAGAGAAUUAUUCAGUUUAAGCUGCUGCUUUGUCUUUUACACAUUUGUCUUAAAGUCGGCUAAUGGUAGGCAAAAUAAGUAUUUUUGUCAAAAAUGGCCCCACAGAAAUCAGUCUACACAGCUGCUUCCCUUUUCCACAUGUUAGGAGCAUAUACAUUUAUGCCAAUAUAUGACUGGCAAUUUUUUACUGGGCAACAACUUGUUCUAAGUUCUUCAUACAACUUUGACAGGCAUUUUGAGGUGAGUGCCCUCAACAACCUACCUGGGGUGUUGUUCUUUGGAGGCUGAGCAUUCAGUGGUUUACCAGUGGCACUUUUCAAAGACAUUACAAUAUAGUGUUAACAUUGACAAGGACAAUAUAAUACUAUGCUAAUUAUGCAACUUAAUACCUAUGGCAAAAAGGAUAACAAAUGAAUUGACCUUCAGUUCCAAACCUCAUUGCUACAGUUUUUCAUUUACACAACUUUUGUUGAAAUUUAUAGAUACUGUGAAGCUCAUUUAAGCAAAAAAAAAAAAAAAGGAUAUAUUAAAAACAUGUAUAAAAAGACUGUGUUUGCUCUUACCAUAAAGAAAGAGGGACUGCGGUUUCAAUGGCUAUCAUUGUAUAAAUCUUUUCUUAAUCAGUUUGUCCAAGAAAUGAAAGAAAGAUCAUUCUGUAUGUCAUUUACCAAGGUCUACUAUUAAAUAAAUGUUAUCAUGCAUCAUACAACCAAUCCUUCCUGACAGAUGCC